ACUCUUGGGUUAUAGAAAACAAAAAGAUUCUAAAUUAACCUAUUAUUUCUAACCUACAAAAUAGCAAAUCAUAAUAGGUUAAGAAAAAUAAGUGUCAAAUUUAUUUUGAUAUCCUCACUAGUUGAAAAGGGGAUAAUUAAAGGUGAUUUGAAAUAUUCAUAGUGAGGGCUUUAUUGAAGUCACAAUGGAUUCAAAAAAAAGAAUAUUAGUAAAUAAUGUCAUUAAUUUUCUAAGAGAUGAGCUAAGUGGCAAUAGUCUAAGUGAUGAAAAGAAAGAGUCACUUGAGGUAGCAAUCCAAUGCUUGGAGACAGCUUUUGAAGUAGAAAAUGGCGAAUGUAUUGAAAAAGUUGACCUCUUAUCUCUGAUAUCAGAAAAGCAGACAGUUGUAGUUACUGAGGAGCAGAAAGCUAAGGCUGAAGAACAUAAAAAUAAGGGAAAUACUUUAAUGAAGGAUGGUCUAUAUCUAGAAGCUAUAGAUGAAUAUACUAAAGCAAUUGAAGCAAAUCCCAAUAAUGCCAUUUACUAUUGUAACAGAGCAGCAGCAUAUACAAGGUUACAAAAAGAUCAAGAAGCAAUUAAUGAUUGUAAUGACGCAAUUAAGCUAGAUCCAACUUAUGGUAAAGCAUAUGGACGCCAGGGAAUUGCUUAUUCUAAUUUAAAUAUGCUGGAUCGUGCUGUUCAAGCUUACCAGACAGCCCUAAAAUAUGAUCCAACAAAUACUAUUUAUGAAACUAACUUGAAAGUUGCACAAGACAGGCUUAUUGCUAGUGGGGGUGGUGGAGAGCCACAAAAUAGGCAGGUUAUGGACCAAUUUUCUCAAUUCAUAAAUAAUCCAGAAGUAAUUAAUAUGGCAAGCAGAAUAUUAAGCGAUCAAAACUUUGAUAGCAUGCUCUCUGGAUUGUUAGGAAACAUGCCAAGUGGGGGCGCAGGAGAAGGAGGGAUGCCGGCUACUGUAGAAACAAUGUUGCAAGCCGGUCAAGCUUUGGCACAAAGGGCUGCAAAUCAAGAUCCAGAGUUUUAUAGCCGACUAAUGAGAAACGUCCAAAGCGCGCCCCAAGGAAUGCAGUCAGGCCAGGGGUCUGGAAAUUCUAAUAAUCAGACUAGUGAGCCAUCGUCUGAGAAGAAAGAUGACGAAUCGGCAUGAAAAAGGGUUAAGCGCUAGAAUCGGCAAAUAUAUAUUUUUUUUAUAAUCUUUUAAAAACUGAUUCCGCUUAAAAUAUAUUAUCACGACGUCAAUUUAUUUUUAACUACAUUUUGUGUAAAUAUUUAUUAACAUGAUGCGUAUUUUUAAUUUUAGUUUCUGCGUAAUAUGCAUAUUCUGUUAUUGGUACCUGUUUAAUCUAUGGUAAUAUGUAUUGAAAUUCCAAUCAGUUUUAUUGUUUAUAUUAGAAAAUUUUGCUUUCUA